GCAGACUGAGUUACCCGAGAAGAGGGGGAGAGAUGAGAGAGCAACCUGAUGGAGGAGACAUGGGAGGUUGGUAGUCACAUCCGUUGUGCUAAAUGAGCCACCGACAGGAGCAAAGGCAGCGGUGAUAAUGUAGGAGCAGCGGAUCUGGUCCUGCUUUCGUUUGAAAGUUGUAUUAGAAGAGGAGGUUUGUCGUGAAUGUCCGAUCAGGAGGGAAGGGCAGAUCCGAAAUUUGGAUAGGAGGUGAUAGUCAUUGAUGGAGAGGGGAGGAGCCGCAAUUACCUCUGCUGAGGGCAGCGAUGCUGAUCGCCACCGUGAUGUUCGGGCAAAGAGGGUGGGGGAUGCGGUGACGGGCUGCCACGUGGACAUGAUGGGUGCUGACGUAGGCGGGCUUGAUUGCUCGGCAGUCGUCGGACAAAUUAUUAGCAUCCCCGGCGGUCGGGACGCUGAUGGCGGAAACGAGGUCCCUCGCGAUGAUCGGGAUCGCGGCCAGCCUUAUCUUGGUGAGGUAGGGGGAGUAAGAGAGGGGAAAGAAGUGGGAGAAGCCGAGGAGGAGGAGGAGGAGGAGGAGGAGGAGGAGGAUGGGCUGGUAAAGAAUGACGGCGUUCGUCGUGCUAAUACUACGAAUAGAGCGGACGAUUGCAAAAUGGGAAUGGGAGAGGAGGUGAGAGUCAUUGAUGGAGAGGGGAGGCGACUUGGUGAUGAUGAUAAGGAAAGGAGUUAUGGCGGGGAGGUGAUGGUGUCCACGGUCACCGGAGUCCAGGUCCCGUUUGUGCACCAGGAACAUGCAAUCGACGGCCACGAUGUGCGCAAUCAUGGGUGCGCAGCAAACCUGCUAGCGAGCAAGGAACGCUCAGAGAAGCAGCAGCGGAUUCCUCCUUCUCGUCUGAGACUGGCACACUCAGCGAACCAGAUCCCGAUCCAGGAACAAGCGGCGGUGCACCGGAUCCCGCACCAGGAACAAGCGGCGGUGGACCAGAUCCCGAACCAGGAACAAGCGUUUGUGGACCGGAUCCCGCACCAGGAACAUGCAGCGGUGAACCAGCAGAUCUGGAACCAGAAGGAUCACCCAGAAACCCAGCUGCUGAUGAAGCAGGAGCAUGCAGCGAAUGCUCUAGUGAGGGGGGCAUCAUCCGCUUCCGUCGCCGACAUGGAAGCCAAGCCAGCUGAGAGAACGACGGCUCUUCGUCCUUGGAUUUCUCUCCUCGACUCUUGCAAUCGUCAGCGACAACCGCCCAAGUCAUACCCCGGAGAAGGGAAAGCAGCAGCUAUCGAGCAGAAGAAUGGCACUUGGCAGACGGAAGCCUUCCAGGGUAGAAAGGAGGUACGAGAGGAGGAGAGGGGGGGACAUAGUGCGACGACGAUGAUGAUAGAAGAUCAUGGCGAAGAGAUCGAAAACGACCAUCUCGAUAGAGAAGGGAAUGGUUGGAGGCUGGCGUCCAUCAAUCAAGACAGCAAUCAGCCGCGAGGGAAGGGGAAUGUCGCGGCUAAUGGAUCGUCGGGACCUCAAUCAAGACACGCGGAGAUUGAAAGAAGAGGGAGAAAGGAAGAGGAGGAGGAGGAGAAGGGGACAGGACAAGGUUAUCGAGAUUCUGCGCAUGAGAACGAAGGUCAGCGGCGAGUCUGCGUGGAGGAGGCGUCAUUGUUUCCACCAAACGGACCCUAUUUGCCGUCCCGAUCGCGAUCGCCGUUGCCAUCGGUAUCGCCGUCGGUGCGACCGGGUAUCAGCUCACCGACCCCGGUGUCGGCCGGGAUCGCCGUCGCCGUCUCCUGCAUCGACGAAGCGAGCAUUAAUGCGAAUAAGAUAAGUAAUAAUAAUAUGAUGAUGCCCAGGAUGGGGUCGAGGCAUCAUCUCGACAGCAAGGAUAGUAAUAGAUCAGAUCCAGAUCGACGCCGAUUCGGUCUACUACAGUCUGUUGUCAUCGGGAGUCGCCACGUGGCAGACAACCACCCGCGAGCGGCGGAUGGCCGCCUUGUCGGCAAGGUCGAUAUAACGCUGUCACAGCACGACGACGUCGCAAGGUCGGUUGUGAAGGAGCGGAAGGCGGCGGCGGCGGCGGUGGAUGGAUUGUGGAAGCAGGGGGAGCUGGCGGAGGGCAGGCGCGGUGGUGCAGAGGGGGAGGGGGAGGGGAUUGCUCGUGAGCAGCUGUGUGGUGCAAGUGUCGCUGAUGGAUCUGCGAGAAGGGAGGCGGCGGAGCCGGCGGAAAAAGGGAUGAUGAUGACGAUGAUGACGAUCGACGGCUACGAUCGGCGGUACCGAUCUAGCGGACAGGUGGAGCGAGAAGCAAAGGCAGAGGUGGGCGGAAGUGAGGGGAAGACGAGGGAGAGACAGAGGCGAUCUCGGCCGGAGCCAGAUGAGGUCGAGGAAGGGGAGAUUGAAGAGGGAGAGUGCGUAGAGUCGGACGUAGGAUCGAUGGCGGCGGCGGAGGAGGAGGAAGAAGAGGAGGGUGGUGGUGGUCCUGUUCCAGGGGAGGACAAGGCGGACGAUGGGCGGGGGGAAUCAGUCCUAGCAGUGUCAACGACGAAGGAAGAAGGUGAAGACGAAGCUGGCGACCUUGACAGGAAGGAAGAGAUUAACAGAUUUGUAGUCAGCCGUGAAAGUGGCGAUGGCGAUGGCGAUGGCGGCGGGAAAGGACGAUUGGCGGGAAAGGACGACUAUCGAUGGGAAAGUGGCGAUGGCGGCGGGAAAGGACGAUUGGCGGGAAAGGGCGACUAUCGAUGGGAGAGUGGCGAUGGCGGCGGGAAAGGACGAUUGGCGGGAAAGGAAGAUCGGCGGGAAAGUGGCGAUGGCGGCGGGAAAGGACGGUUGGCGGGAAAAGAAGAUCGGCGGGAAAGUGGCGACGGCGGCGGGAAAGGACGAUCGGCGGCAGGCGGGGAGAGGCCGGAGGAUCGGGUUGUUGUUGACGUCAAGGCUGUGGGUGAUUUGUCGUCUUCUUUGGCGGGAGGUUAUGAGAUCGGCGGCGGGGGCUAUGGCGGUGGCGGCGGCGGCGGCGGGGGCUAUGGCGGCGGCGGCCGGGGGAGUCUCGCUUGGGGAGGGGGAGUCGGAGCACGGACGCCGGUGAAAGGGUACGAAUGGUACACGGGCAAGGCGCAUUUGAUGCCUUCGGUCGGGAUGACGUACAGCGGGGGCGCGGGUGUUAGCGGAACGCUUGGCGGGGUUCGGCAUGUUUACGGCGGCGGCGAUGUUAGUGAUGAGGAGGAGGAUGACGAUGAUGAUCAGGAUGAUGAGGAGGAGGAGGACGAGGAGGGGGAGGAGGAGGAGGGUUGUGCUCGUAUGAUGCUGGACGGGAGGAGGAAUCGACGGAAUGUGAUCAGGUUGUCCUGCGGCGGAGUAGGAGGAGGAGCUGAUGAUGGUGGUGGCAGAACGGCGGCGGCCGAGGAGGUGGAGGUAGAGGUAGGGCGACUCUCCGGCGGAGAGGAGUCCAGACGGCGGCGCAGGGCUCAUGCAGGCAGCGGUUUCCUGUUGAGUGGGGGGAGGGGGAUGAAGAAGAACAAGGCUGGGUCGUCGGAGGGAGUGGGGAUGGUGGGGUCAUCGGACGGCAAAAGGAGAAAGAAAAAGAUAAAGAAGCAGAAGAAGAGGAAGAUGACGGAUCGUAGAGAGGAUGAGGGGGAAGACGCUGGUGAUGGCUUCGCGGGGAACGCUGCUGCGAAGAAGAAGAGGAAGAGGAAUCCCCCCACGAGCGCGGAUCGCGCGCAACUCGGCGGCCGUGGGAUCGGGAGACUCAGAGAAGAUGACGUCAACAAGCCGAUGGUGAAUGGGAGUGUUGGAGGAGGACGAGGAAGAGGAGGAAUGAAGAGAGGGAGAGAGGGUUUGGGCAAGGGAGGAGGUGCUGGGGAAGGGGGGGGAGGAGGAGGGAGAGCAGCAGACGACCGGGGCGCGAAACUUGAAAGCGUCGUCUCUUUGGAAGGAAAUGCUGCUAAGAAGAAGGUGAGCAUCCUGCGCGAGGUGAAGGAAGAUGUGGCGUCGGACUCGGGAGGAGGAUUACUUUCCUCUCUCGUAGAAGAACAGUGCAGCCUCUGGACAACAGAUGUCGGCAGGGAAGACAUUGGCAAGCGGGGUCCAAGACGAACUGCAGAUCGAGGAAAACAGAAGACCAAAGAUGGAGCAGCGCAAGGGAAGAAAAGGGAGGAGAAGGGGGCUGAUUGCACAUUUUCACACGAUGUUGUUCCAAGAACGAAGUCAGAGGUUUGCAAGUUCUUUGUGAAUCAGUGUUGCCUGAAAGGGGAAGAUUGUCCUUACUCUCACGAUCUUGCAAAAUUCCCAUGCAAGUACUACAUUGUGCGUGGCGUCUGCUUCGAUGGCGAAAACUGUCGUUUCUCACAUGAGGCCGUGACGGAGGAAGUGCAAGAGGCUCUUGCGAAGCGUUUGGAUCACGAAUCGAAGGAACGCCAGUCGUUGAAGGGGAUGAAUGCAAUGGAGGAGAACUUGGAGGAGUCGAAAGACGAAGAACCUGAUCUGUUUGGUGCUGAUUUUACCACAAUGGCUCCUGAGUCUCAUGACUCACAGACAUCAGAGAGAGGAGGCUGCUCUCCUCGGAGCACGUCAACAUUCUUGCCUGUGCUUCCAUCAUUUGCGCCUGACCGUGUGGAUUGCGGUCCGUCGCCAGCACCCAACAAAUCUAUGCCUUCGUGUUUCCGAUCGCUUGAGCAUAAUACGCGUGCAGUGCAGACCUCGAUCAGGGGAAAUGCUCUAGGUUUCCCAGAUUUCAAUUCCGUUCGAUCUGCUCCGGGCUUCCCACAUUUUGACUCAGUCCGUUCUUACUCUGGCAACCAAGUCAGCCACAGCGCCGAGGAAGGUGAGGGCAAGAGAAGCUUUUCGUCCGACGAUAACCUGCCAACCAAGGCUAUCAUUUCGCAUGGUUUGGAGUUGAGAACGGCUCGUCAAAGUGAGGAUCAUGUAGACUACAUGCCUCAGGGUACUUGUCACGAGAACUUCUACGAGUACAGUGGAACAGAUAACGCUGAUCGCCCUCGUCGAGGCGUUGACGUUGACGGUUUGUCCAUCUCGACUGAUGGAAGAUAUGACAUGGAUACCUCCUUGCAUGAAGAGUGCCUAGAUUCAUCUGAAUCCAGGAGGGUUGUUUGCCAAGCUAGUGCAGUUGGGGAUAUCAGCAUCCCUCAGCAGCAAUACGCCAGUCGUUUCAUCCAUACAAGUGGUGUGAAUGGUAGUUCGAGUCCGUCCCUCAGUAAUGAGGAGGCGUCUAAGUGCUGGGAAGGUAAAUAUGGCAGCAGCUCCGGUCGAUGUCAGGGUGAUGCGGCACCCAUGUUCUUGGACAGCAUGAGAGUACAUGGCGAGAAACAUGUGCUGGACGACAAACCACAAUCGCUGUCCUGCCAAGAAGCCAAACAGGCAGGCUCAACAGAUUUGAUGCUGCUGCAGAAGGGAGGCAUCCUGGGCGAUAGGGAGAAAGUGUCGCCUUAUGCGAGAUCCUUCGGGUGUGCAGAAAUGCCUGUGAUGGGGAGUAGCUUUGGCAGUUGCACUAAGACGGAGCAUGAUGAGCGGGCGGAGUGGUUUGAUGGAGUGACGGAUAGAGAUAGGGGUUUGUGUGAUGAGGAAGCAGGUGGGAGUGCAUGCUUGGGCCCUGUUUCGCCAGGUCGUCAGAACGGAAAAGGACGUGAGGGUGGAGGCCACCUUAAAAGUGAACCAUUGGCAGGCCCCCCUGUAAACGUCAGCGAAGGAGGGUUCUUCCAUCAUCAGUGGCAGGACACUACGCAGGGUGGAUUGCGUGAUACUCCUUGGCAGGAAGAGAUGGAAGGUUGUUCUUCUCCAUUUGCUGGGCGACAAAAGUCGUUACCUGGCCAUGCAGGAUCGAGGGACGGGUGCUUUUUCAGCCUUUCGCUUGGUCCUGAUUCCGAUUACAAGGAGGGAUGUGAUAGAGUCGGCGAGAAUACAAGGGCAGGCGGGCGAGUAGAAGUGGCGUUGUUAGCAUCUGAUGAUGAUAUCGCAGCCAAUCGCGGUGAUGGUGGUGGCAUUUGUGAUGAUCUUAACUGUGCACCACAAAGACCAGAAGAAAGUUUUCCUGGAAUCAUGGUGACACGGCAUGUCGCAGAUGUUAGUCAGAUCAAGGUAAUGAAUUUCUUGUCUCCUUUCGAUGGCUUGGUGGGAAAACCAAUGUUGGGUAUGGAUGAUGAUGAGGAGGAGCCAUCCUCUCUCGAAGCAGAAAGAGUGGGGGGCGAUGCAAGGACUGGCUGUUUCAGCGAUGAGCAAGCGGAAAAAGAGGGGGCUAUGUCACCAGGACAGGAAGGAAAGGAGCUAACGAUGGCAUUGAAAUAUGAGUCGGAGACGGGUAAUGAAAAGGAUGUCGGUGCGUACAACUGGGCAGGCAGGGAGGAGAGGACAGGUUUAGGGCGGGGAGGAGAGGUACUAGCCAAGGCACAUGGUUCGGGAUGGUCACAAUCUUUCUGGCCACAGGAGGGGUGGUAUAAUGCAGCAGAGGAGGAGGAGGAGGAGGAGGACGAGGAGGAGGAUGAGUAGCAGGAAGGGGGGAUGGAAUGAAUGCACACGUGAACGGGGUCGUUCGCAGCGAGGUGAAAGUGAGAGCUUGGAUAUAACCGAGUGUAAUUAUUCUGAGGCAGGAAGGGGGGAUGGAAUGAAUGCACACGUGAACAGGGUCAUUCGCAGCGAGGUGAAAGUGAGAGCUUGGAUAUAACCGAGUGUAAUUAUUCUGAGGGACAAUCACAUUUGUUUGAUUUGUGAUGGUAUACGGAUGGUGGAAAAAUUAUCACCGCUGUACGGGGAAAACUGCAGUUGCGCUGCAGUGUGGAGAAGCAUUGUUAUCGUAGGUGUUUUUCUAGAAACAGCCAAUUUUUGUUAUGCUGUCUUGCUGGAACGUGAAUUGCAGGGUUUGCAGCCACAAGCAGUUUAUUGGCCGCUGUGGUUUUCAUGACGGCAGAGCUGGUGCGAGGGAUGAUGCAAUGGCUACGUCGAGAGUCGAGACCGUUUUGAGGUGCACCUUAGGAUGCAGUUGGGGAAAAGGAGGGUGGAUGGAAAAUCCCAAAAAGGGGUACCGUAAACAUGCCUUUGUUUUGUGAAGUUAGCCUGUGGAAAAGGGUGUUUGCAUUGUUCGUCAGCCCACAGGGGAUGCCCAGCCCUCUUGAUAACCGGGACUCUGCAUAUAUAAGGUAUGGUUGUGUUACAGCUGAAGCAUGCCUUUGUUUUGUGAAGAAAGUCUGUGGAGGGGGUGUUGCGGUGUUCGUCAGCCCACAGGGGAUGCUCAGUUUUUUUUGCAGUGUUGUCAGCCCACAGGGGAUGCCCAGCCCUCUCGAUAACAGGGACUCUGCAUAUGCGCUAUUAUGCGGUAUGGUUGUGUUAGCGCUGAAUUAAGCUGAUGGAGGUAGUCCCAUGUCAGAUGCAGUUGGCACAUUAAUUCGAAGUGCGAGGCGCA